AUGGUAAAAUGUCUAACCCAAAAAAGAGUCCUGAAAACCAUAGCCGGUUUCCGUGGGCAUGUCACCAAACAACAUGAAAAACCCCAUCUCAAAGCUCAUCAACAUGAGGCUAACAACACGGCUGAGAAUCCUAUCUCCAAGACCACCUCCACAGAUCUUCACACCUCCAUUGCAGAUAUUUUUCCUGCUAUCUUUGAAGCUACCCUGAAGAGCAUUGCCAAGGACCCCAUGCACAAGUUGUUCGGUGAAAGUGAAGUCACUUUGUUGUCUCGUGUGGUGUUGUGUUUGUCGGGAGUACACCAGUUUUUCCUGGAUACCUUCAUGACCGUUUUCUCUGUGGGGAGGACCCUGUGUAGUACCUUGGACAGGGAGUACAUGUUUCAGAAGUACCACCAGACCACAGUGAGCGCAGAUUUUACUUGUGGUUACAUGCUUUUAUUUGGGACUUUAACUUUUACCAAUCAGGGUAUUUGCAACUUCGUUAACAUUUUGCUGAUGGAACUUAUGGGGAACCUCAUCAAGGAGCGAGCGGAAUCGGCGCUAAAGAAAGCUGCAUCGGAGCACGAGACCAUCUCAGACAGUGACCAGAACAUUUUGUUUUAUGUUUGUGGUUUUAUUGCGAGAUCGUUGAAGAAGCGUUACUCAAGAUCAAAGAGUGCUUGCCCGAAGAAGAAAAAGUGCCUGGAAUACUUGUGCUCAUGUCCCCCAAUUCCACCUUCAUAAGCCGCUUCAGCAACUGGAUGUCGAAGAAAGACCGUGGUGGCCUGCUUUACCCAUGUGACGACUUUUUCCUCCUAGUUCGAGAGUUCGAGAUGUCCAUCAGAAAACAUGUCAACUUACAUAACUUGUCUGCCAAAACUUUGUUAUGUGACAACCUUAAAGAACAUGUGCUAGAGUCUUUCAUGGUGAAACAUUAUUGUAAUAAACUGUUUGGCGACAUUGAUGGCGACAUGGACAUUGUUCAAAGUAUCAUACUUGAGGACAUCUUGUGCCUAUUUUUGACAGUCCGAGGAUAUGCCAUUACAAGAGUAAAACGUAAUGAGCUGGCCAAAGACAGUCAACCAAAGAAAAAGUCUUCUGGACUCCGUCACUCACUGAAGGCCCUCACAGCCAACUUGAACUCUUAACUUUUCAGUGUAUAUCUUGUGUGAUAUUGUAUUCACCUUCAUUUGUUAAAGCACAAGUUUUCUUUUUUAUAUCUGAAAGUAAUGUUUGAUCAUUCUCAAAAAUAUGAAGUCAAUAACAGAAAAGAUUCAGAUAUUUUUAUAACAUUAUCAUUUAGAAAAUACAGAAUAAAAACUAGUGCUUUAUCAAUCCUAUUUUAAAUAAAAACUCAGUUUAUUAAUUUAUCUAAUUUAUUGGAACACAAUCAAAGUAUGUUAAACAGUGACAUGGUCAUGAUAUGUGAUAUAUUUGUUUUUGAUUUUUGUUACUGACAAACAUGCAUUUCAUCUUGACAAAAGCCUGUAUUGAAAUAAAUUCUAUAACAAUUUACUUUCUUUUCAUUCAAGAAGGAGGUUAAGACAUUUGUUCUGACUGAGCAAUCAAAUAACAGCAACAUUUCAAUAACUGAUGAAAAGUUACUUAGAUUUCUAACACCAACUGAAUACAUAUCAAUGGUGUUUAAAGCUAAUUACCCAUAGAAAUUAAAUGCAAUGUACAUGCAUAUAUUUAAAGUUCAAUAUAUACAUGAUAAUGAUUAUAUGGAUACUUAUACCAUUAUAAUAGAAAAAAAAGUCUUGUGUUUGAACAUUCAAAUUACCUCAAUGAUGGAAUAACAGAUUCUUCAUGAAAAGAUGGUUAAAAUUCAAACACAGCAACAAAAUAACAAGGGUGUUAAAAGUUCACUGACAAAGUUUUUGUAUAUAUACAUGUCUAAUUACAAAU